CUUCUUAUGGGUCCCCCCGGGGCGGGGAAGACCUCUGUAGGCUGCAUUUUGGCUGACAGGCUUGGAAUGCCCAUCAUUGACAUAGACGAUGAUGUUCUGGAGAGGAUGUGGGGGAUGCCUGUGGCGGAGAAGCUGGCUGAAGUCGGAGGGGAGCGUUUUUUGGAUGAAGAGGGCCAGGCUGUGUGUAAUUCCUCUGCCACUGGGUGCGUGAUCUCGCUGACCGGCUCCAAUCCGCUCCACCCGGACACCAUGCUCCACCUGAAACUUUCUGGACUCGCUGUGUAUGUUGACGUGGAUGAAGAUGACAUUAUCAAGAGGCUCUCCAGAAUGAAAGUGAACAGGAUCGUGGGUCAGGAUUCUGGUGUCUCCAUGAGGGAGACUUUACAGUACAGGAAGCAGUUUUAUGAGAAGUGGUCAGACACAGUGUUCUGCGGUAGAGGGGAGAGUCUUGAGGAAGUGGUGGAGAAGGUCCUUCAAGUUCUGGCUAGAUAUCAGUCAGAGACUUUUACCUCAACGAGGAGCCAGCCUGGACCAUCUGGUGGCCUGAAGUUCUUCGGCGAUGUUGUUGUGGAGGGACUAGCUCCAGAUGGAGGCCUGUAUGUGCCUAGUAAAGGCUUCCCGAAACUGGAACCUUCUGAAUGGCUCAGAUUAGCCAAAAUGUCUUAUCCUGAGCGAGCGCUAGUCAUACUGGAAAAGUGCAUACAUCCGAUGCAUAUCUCUCCUUUAGAGCUUCGCUCCAUGGUGAACCGGGCCUAUGGGGAGAACUUUGCCAGUGAAUCAGUAGCACCUGUUAAACAGCUGACUGAGGAACAGUAUGUCCUGGAGCUCUUCCAUGGCCCAACCGCAUCCUUCAAAGACCUGGCCUUGCAGUUAAUGCCGCAGAUAUUUGCCCACUGCCUUCCGCAGAUGUGCAAUUACCUGGUCCUGGUGGCCACGUCUGGAGAUACAGGCAGUGCUGUUCUCCGUGGGUUCAGCAUCCUUAAAGGGAGUGACAGGAUUGGUUCGUUGGUGUUUUUCCCAGAAGAUGGGGUGAGCCUCAUUUAGAAACUGCAGAUGACCGCAUAUAAGGAAGGAAACGUCCGGUCUGUGAGCGUCCUUUCUGACUUCGACUUCUGCCAGAGGAGCAUCAAGAGGAUGUUUGGACACUCUAGCCUGACUGGUCACUUGGCUGUUGAGUAUGCUACUGUUCUAAGCACGGCUAACUCCAUAAACUGGGGACGCUUGCUUCCGCAGGUUGUUUACCACUGCUCUGCGUACCUGGACCUGCUCAGAAGGGGAGCGGUCACAUUCGGCAAUCCGAUUGACGUCUGCAUCCCCACCGGAAACUUCGGCAAUGCCAUGUCCGCAAUCUAUGCGAAACAAAUGGGCAUUCCAAUAAGGAACUGUGUAAUCUCUGACUUCAUCUCUACCGGACAGGAUGAUCUACGUGGCAGGAAGCUGGUUGUAUCAAUUUCUCCCGCUAUUGACAUUCUGAAGUCCUCAAAUCUCGAGAGGUUCAUGUAUCACACCUCCGGUGGGGACAUCGAUCUUGUCCGAGGUUUGUUUAUGAGCCUUGAGAAGCAGCAGUGUUUUGCAGUGUCUGAGGACUUACUGCAGAGGAUACAGCAGGACAUCCAGGCUGGCUGGUGCUCAGAGGAAGACUGUCUGACCACCAUCCACAAAGUAUACUCUGAAACAGGCUAUAUAAUGGACACCCACACAGCUGUGGCCAAAGCGGUGGCUGACCGGAUGCAUGACAGGACGUGUCCUCUCGUGUUGUGCUCCACCGCACACUACGGCAAGUUUGCCAAGGCUGUUCUCAAAGCUCUCCAAUGCUCCAGCAUUCCAGAUCACCCUGUGGAGCAGCUAAACAUGCUCUGCUCUAUUGGCGGUAUAGAGAAAAUGCACAAAGCUCUGUAUAAGUGCCUGAGAGAUGGACUGAACCAGCCUCAUACAGUGUGCCUUCUGAAUGUUUAUAUGUAA